AUGAAGGAGCAGGCCAGCGCGCACGGAUUCGACAUCCUCAUGAUCAUGCUCCGCAGGCACGUGCAUAGCACGAGCCGGAGCGUCCUGGAGGACCUGAGGGCGAAGGGCAUACAGGUGGUCCCAGUCGACUGGGACCUGCCUCCGGGGACGUGGGUCCCGGUAAUGAGGAGCGGGGAGAUCUUCCACACUGGCAUGCAGAAGGGAUGGUGCGGGCCGAUGGACCUCAUGCGCCUGCACAUUUUUGGCCUCGCCAGCUACGACGCCGUCAUGUACGUGGACGGCGACGUGGAGCUGCAAGGCGACGUGACGCCCGUCCUGCGCUGCGCCGCCACUGGCCGGCUUCUCACGACCAGUGGGACGAUGGCCCCUGUGAAUUUCGCCAUGAUCGCAACGCGCCCAGACGAGCGCAUGCUGCGGGCGGCGGAGAUCUUCGCGCGCAAUUCCUCCUUCACGCGGGUCGACGGGUGGGCAGGGGGUGGCUACAGGCCCUCGGACUCGAAGUACAUCGGUGCUGAGUGCGGCCAGGGCUUUAUGCACACGCUCUACUACAAAGCCACUACGAACGCGCUGGCGUACUGGUCCCUGAAGGAGGCGGGCAUUCUUCCUGAGGAUGUCAAAGCAGAUCAGUUAGACCGGUGCAUCUGGAAUUACCACGGCCACGAGAAGUGUGGAGUGGCGGGCAAGACCUUCGACUGCAGUCUCGUGCGGGUCCACCACAAGCCCAAGGAUCCUACGCAGGGCUCCUGCACAAAGCUGCGCGAACGUGGCGUGGGAAAACGCAGCCAGCUCACCGCCCCCCUGUGUCGCCUCUCGCCCUCCGUGACCCCUCGCGAGUGCUGCAGUCCUCCUUGCGACCUGCGGACGUUGCGCCGUUACGUUUGCCUCGGAACCCGGCGCAGCCCCAGGCGCCGGGGGCUCCUCGAGCGCGAGCAGGUGUAG